AUGUUCGUCUACAAAUUUUUAGCACUUUGCAUUCUUGCCUUCUUGGCUCUUGGGGCAAAUCAUGUCAACGCGGAAGGCAGCAUUGAGAUGCAAGAUAUGAACGUUGAUAUACGCAAGAUCGAUAUUGAGCAAUACGAUGGAAUAAUCGACGCGAUAAUCGACUACCUCAAAGACUUCUUCGCAGAGGCAACGACAAACUGUCUAAAAGAAGUAGCCCACCAUUGCAAAAAGAUUUGGUACAAUCCCAAAAAAUUGCUCAAAUGUGCCAAAGAGUACUUCAAAGAGCACCAAGGUGAAUGCGCCAUUCCUGACAGCCUGGAGUAUGAACAUUUAAUCAUGGCCAUCGACAACGACGACGAAUUUGUAGAAUUGCUCGACGAGUCAGUUGAAGCACGCAACCCGCUUCUUCAGGUGGCGAUCAGAUUGAUCGCACAGGCAUUUAAGUGGGCGGCCACACACUGCAUUAAAGAGGCAGCUGGGCAUUGUAAGAGUCACUGGAAUAAUCCUCCUGCUCUGAUUAACUGUGCUAAAAACUAUUUGAUUGCUAACAAGGGACGCUGUGCUCUCGGCUGAUGAGUAUAUCCACCCACACACACGAAUCUGU